AUGCCGAACGCCGUCGCCCCCACGCAGCUCACCAUUCUCUACGAAGGAGCUGUCAAUGUCUACGACGGAGUUCCCCCGGAAAAGGCGCAGGCGAUAAUGCUCAUUGCUGCUGCCGCUGCAACCACAGCAGCGAAUGGUCCGAGUAAGGUCCGCCGGACCGACACAGCGAGUAUGGCUGCGGCGACGGUGCUCACGAGAUCUCUGUCAUUGCAGAUCCCCCCUGCAAACUACGAGUUGCUUUCGGGGAUUCGCCUGUUGGCAGAGCUUCCCAUCGCGAGGAGGCAUUCGCUCCAGUGUUUGUUGGUGAAGCACCGCGACAGGUUGGCGAGCAAGACACCAUUUGCUUCAGCAAAGCCAUCAGAGGGCAUGGAAAUGGAUUCAGGUGCGAAGCUUGCUUAA